UUAAGCAAAUUAUGCCUUUCUUAAUCUUUAUCCUAGUGGUUGUCCUCGGAUUUGGUCAUGCUAUGUUUGUUUUACUUAAUAGUACUGAAACCAUAGGUAUUAAACCUGAUGGUUCCUCCUUUCAAAUCACUGAUAAUACUGAUGGGACUGAUGAGAAUAAGGAACCAUUACCAUAUAAAGUGGAACAAGUUAUUGAUGUGAAUAGCAUAUCGGAUAAUUUUUACUCAAAUUUUGGUAAAUCUGUGGAAUCAGUUUUCUUUUGGACAGGUGGUCGUUGGGAUCAAUUAGAACAGUGGAAUUUUUGGCCAGUAGAUGUUUAUUCUAUUAUUGGUAGUAUCCUUCUCGUUACAAUUUUACAAAAUAUGUUGAUCGCGAUCAUGACUGGUGCAUAUGAAGAUGCGAAAGAAAUUGGUAGACAUGCCGUAUUAGAAUAUCGAGCGGAAUUGAUCGAAGAUUAUGAAACGAUCGAAAAGCCACUUGGAAGUAAAAGAGGAAAUCCUCGAUAUAUUUAUUAUAUCGGAAAAUCUGAUUAUAUUGAAGAAUGGUUAAGAAAAUCCGAGAAAGCUAGAAAGCAUCAUGAAAAUUUCUUGUCCAAGGUUGAUGACAAAAAUCCAUGGGAUGAUGAUGAUAAUAAUGGUGAUGAUAGCGACAAUGGGGGAGAAUAUAAUUAUCUAGAACUUUAUUAUUCUGAAACGGAUUCUAUUGCUUCAAAAGAACAAGAAGUUCCACUAUCCUUAUGUUGGUUUAUUGAUGAAGAUAGAGAAAAAAUAUUAACAAAAUUUUCAACUACUAAACCAAUUAAUAUUAUUCAAGAUGAUGAUCAAGAUGAAACUAGAAUAUUGCAAGGAAAAAUUCAAUCAAUGGAAAAAGAAUUUUCUGGAAAAUUAGAUUCUAUGGAAGGAAGUAUCAAAAAUUUAAUCUUUUUAAUACAAAAUAAAUCAAAAUAAUUAAUUUUUAAACUACACGAGAAUUAAAUAAUAUAGAGAUCUUCGUCAUAAGAAUUUAAUUAAACAAAUAGAACAUUUUAAUACAUUAAUAUCACAGGGCGUGCUAGCAAAUGUUAUGAAAUCUUUAUUAAGCUUUAUUAUUUAUUUGUUAAGAAUCACAAUUAAUAAACUUUUUUUUUGAAUUUUUCUUUUUUCGCCAAGAAUAAUAUAAAUUACAAGAAAUAGAUAAAAAGUCACAUGAUAGUGAAAUCUUCCCCCCGGUAAAAGCAUUAUAUAUUGAAUUAUAGUUUCUUUCAUUUAGUUAUACAAGAAUUUUUGUACAAAAAAAAUAAUUU